CAGCCGGUGCAAAGCGAGUCUCAGCGCGCCAAGUUCAGGGUUUGGGCCGGUGCGGCGGUCACGUGGCGGGCACUAGACCGCGGAUCUGGGACUCUGGUGGGACCGACAGCGGCUGGAGACCGAGGCGUCGCUGGGCAGGUGCGCGGGGCUACGUUCUGGCAGGCAACUUUGAACCAGCGCCAUGGCGACUGCAGCCAACGGGACCCACCGGGAUGCUGGAGUGUGGUCCUCACAUGAUAAGAUGCUGGCGCAGCCCCUCAAGGACAACGACACCGAGGUUUACAACAUCAUUAAGAAGGAGAGUAACCGCCAGAGAGUUGGCCUGGAGCUCAUCGCCUCGGAGAACUUUGCCAGCCGAGCCGUGCUGGAGGCCCUCGGCUCUUGCUUAAACAACAAAUACUCGGAGGGCUACCCCGGCCAGAGGUAUUACGGCGGGACGGAGUUUAUCGAUGAGUUGGAGACCCUCUGUCAGAAGCGGGCCCUGCAGGCCUAUAACCUGGACCCUCAGUGCUGGGGGGUCAACGUCCAGCCCUACUCAGGCUCCCCUGCAAACUUCGCGGUGUACGCGGCCCUGGUGGAGCCCCACGGGCGCAUCAUGGGCCUGGACCUGCCUGAUGGGGGCCACCUGACCCACGGGUUCAUGACCGGCAAGAAGAAGAUCUCGGCCACGUCCAUCUUCUUUGAGUCUAUGCCCUAUAAGGUGAACCCCAACACCGGCUACAUCGACUACGACCGGCUGGAGGAGCCCCCCCGCCUCUUCCACCCGAAGCUGAUCAUCGCAGGAACCAGCUGCUACUCCCGAAACCUGGACUACGCUCGCUUGCGGAAGAUCGCCGACGACAACGGGGCGUAUCUCAUGGCGGACAUGGCACACAUCAGCGGGUUGGUGGCGGCCGGCGUGGUACCCUCCCCUUUUGACCACUGCCACGUGGUGACCACCACGACCCACAAGACCCUGAGAGGCUGCCGGGCGGGCAUGAUCUUCUACAGGAGAGGGGUGCAGAGCGUGGACCCCAAGACCGGCAAGGAGGUUCUGUACAACCUGGAGUCACUCAUCAACGCCGCCGUGUUCCCCGGCCUGCAGGGAGGGCCCCACAACCACGCCAUUGCAGGGAUUGCUGUGGCCCUGAAGCAGGCCAUGACUCCAGAGUUUAAGAUGUACCAGCACCAGGUGGUGGCCAACUGCAGGGCCCUGUCCGCGGCCCUGGUGGAGCUGGGCUACACGAUAGUCACAGGUGGUUCUGACAACCAUUUGAUCCUCGUGGAUCUCCGUUCCAAAGGCACAGAUGGUGGAAGGGCUGAGAAGGUGCUGGAAGCCUGUUCUAUUGCCUGCAACAAGAACACCUGCCCAGGUGACCAAAGCGCACUGCGGCCCAGCGGACUGCGACUUGGGACCCCAGCACUGACAUCCCGAGGACUUUUGGAAGAAGACUUCCACAAAGUAGCUCAGUUUAUUCACAGAGGGAUAGAGCUCACACUGCAGAUUCAGGAUGACGCUGGCGCCCGGGCCACCAUGAAGGAGUUCAAGGAGAAACUGACAGGGGACGAGAAGCAUCGAAGGGCCGUGCAGGCCCUGAAGGAAGAAGUGGAGCGCUUCGCCUCUGUCUUCCCGCUGCCUGGCCUGCCUGACGUCUAAGGAGCCAGCCUGCUCCCUGCCCUGGCGCUGCUGCCCCGCAGGGGGUAGAGGAGGCGCUGAGGACGCCACCUGCCCACCCAGACCAGGUGCCUUCUCUGGGGACACAGAGAGCUGCCUCACAGGAACCCAGUUAGCAUCUUUGUGCCCUCUGAUCUGAGUUUUCUUUUGAACUAUUUGCAUGUUUUCUUACAAAUAAAAACUGAAGUCCUGGGGCCAGCCAGUGGCAUAGUGGUGAAGGCAGCUGGACUCCCACAUAGCUAACUGCA